CUCACAAUCUUGUCUGAGAUUAGUGAUAUCAAAUCAUGUAUAGUACAAAAAGCUUAUUACUUAUCAUUUACCAAACCUGAACGAGUGAAGAAUCCAUUGUAAUGCUGGACUAGUGAUUCAAAAAUUUGUUAAAGAUUUCUAGUGUUCACAUUCCAAAGUGUAAAAAAGGAAUGUUCAACAUUUGCUGAAUCUGACUAUUAAAAUUUCAACAUCUACCAAAUGGUAACUCGAAACUUCAAAGCAACUUUUUAACCUCAUUAAGCUUGAUUAGUCCCUAUAAAAAAACCUAUCAUUUUUUUCAUAAGAACAGCAUAUUCAAUCUUUAACACCAGAUUAGUGUGAACAAAUCCCAAAAAACGAGUAUUAAAAUGGAGAAUCGAGGAAGCAGUAGAAUCAAAACCACCAUUGCUUUCUUUCAUUGACCGUCAAUGAGAAAAAGUAGUGACAGAGCCGCAACAAGUGAUGUUUUUUUUUUCUCGUCUUUAACUGCUGUUUUUACAUUUUAAACGCCAAAGGGUAAUGACUAAUGACCCUAUAUAUAUGUAUGUAUAACAUAUAUUGAGCUCCUCCUCAGUUUCACAGAAUUUUCCUUUUCACCAAUUUCUGCUAUCUCAAAGUGCUCCAAAACUUGUAGGAUAUGAGUGCAAGAGUGAGGCAAAAAUGUUCACAUGGUGAGGAAAAAUAUCAGAGAAACAUUAGUUCAAAGACACUCGAUAGUGGAUGUUUGAAUUCAGCUACAGUUUGUGGAGUUGAUUGGACAACCUUGCCUGAUGAUACAGUUAUUCAACUCUUCUCUUAUUUGAAUUAUCGAGAUCGAGCUAGUUUGGCAUCAACUUGUCGAACAUUUAGGCUCUUAGGUUCUUUGCCCUGUUUAUGGGGGUCACUGGACCUCCGGUCUUACAAAUUUGAUACUGCAGCUGCAGUCUCACUCUCCUUGCGAUGCAAGAAUCUCCAGAGACUUAAAUUUCAUGCAGCAGGCUCAGCAGAUGCAAUAGUUAGUCUUCAAGCAAGGGAACUUAGAGAAAUAAGCGGUGAUUUUUGUCGUGACAUUACCGAUGCUGCACUUUCUGUGAUAGCAGCAAGACAUGAGAUGCUUGAGAGCAUCCAUCUUGGCCCAGAUCCUUGUGAGCGAAUCAGCAGUGAUGCAAUCAAAGCACUUGCAUAUUGCUGCCCAAGAUUGAGGAGGCUUUGGAUGUCAGGUGUUAAGGAAGCUAAUGGAGAUGCCAUAAAUGCUUUGGCUAAGCAUUGUAGGCAGUUAAUGGAACUUGGGUUUGUGGAAUCUGACAACAUUGAUGAAGUAGCUCUUGGAAACUUGAGUUCCCUAAAAUUUUUAUCUGUUGCUGGGACGAGAAACCUAAAAUGGGGAUCUGUAGCACAAGUUUGGAGUAGAUUACCUCAAUUGGUGGGUUUAGAUGUCUCAAGAACUGAUGUAAAUCUUAGUUCUAUUACAAGAUUUCUGUCAUUGUCCCGAAAUUUGAAAGUAUUGAUUGCCUUGAAUUGUCCAGUUUUUGAAGUCGAAGUUGACAGAAACACAAUGCAUAAUAACAAAGGCAGAAUUUUGCUUACUCUUUUCAGUGACAUUGUCAAGGGAGUAGCAUCAUUAUUCGCUGACAAUUUAGAAAGUGUUACUGAUGUGUUUCAGCAUUGGAAGGAAAUAAGAAAUGGAGAUAAAAACUUGGAUGAGGUUGUUGUUUGGAUUGAAUGGGCCAUUUCACAUUCACUUUUGCGUAUUGCAGAAAACAACCUGAAGGAGUUUGAUGAUUUUUGGCUCACACAAGGGGCAGCAGUAUUGCUUAGCUUAUUGCAGAGUUCACAGGAGGAAGUUCAAGAAAGAGCAGCUACUGCUGUUGCAACCUUUGUAGUCAUUGAUGAUGAAGAUGUCACUGUUCAUUGCCAGAGAGCUGAGGCAAUUUUAUGUGGAGAUGGAAUAAGGAUGCUUUUGAACCUUGCAAGAUCUUGUCAGGAGGGCCUUCAGUCUGAAGCAGCUAAAGCUAUAGCAAACUUGUCCAUUGAUUCUAAAGUUGCAAAAGCUGUUGCUGAAAGUGGAGGAAUCGAUAUCCUUGCUAAUUUAGCGAAAUCAACGAAUAGAUUAGUGGCAGAAGAGGCUGCUGGAGGGCUGUGGAAUCUUUCUGUAGGGGAUGAGCAUAAGGGUGCUAUUGCAGAGGCAGGUGGUGUAAAGGCUUUAGUUGACCUUAUAUUCAAAUGGCCACCUUCCAGCACUGAUGUACUUCUUGAACGUGCAACUGGAGCACUGGCAAAUUUGGGAGCUGAUGAAAAAUGCAGCAUGGAGGUGGCUUUGGCUGGUGGUAUCCAUGCUUUGGUAAUGCUUGCUCGGACUUGCAAAUUUGAAGGAGUGCAAGAGCAGGCUGCUCGUGCGCUGGCUAAUUUGGCUGCUCAUGGGGAUAGCAACAGCAAUAAUGCUGCUAUUGGGCAAGAAGCAGGUGCAUUGGAAGCAUUGGUGCAACUUACUUAUUCUCAAAAUGAAGGCGUAAGGCAAGAAGCGGCUGGUGCUUUAUGGAAUUUGUCAUUUGAUGACAAAAAUCGAGAAGCAAUUUCAGCAGUUGGUGGUGUUGAGGCACUGGUUGCCCUGGCUCAAUCUAGCUUAGAUGCUUCCCAAGGUCUUCAAGAAAGAGCUGCAGGUGCUCUUUGGGGAUUGUCAGUAUCUGAAACUAACAGCACUGCUAUUGGAAGACAAGGUGGUAUAGCUCCACUUAUUGCAUUAGCCAGCUCAGAUGUCGAAGAUGUCCAUGAGACCGCUGCCGGAGCUCUCUGGAAUUUGGCUUUUUAUCGUGAUAACGCUCUUCGUAUAAUACAAGAUGAUGGAGUUCAACCCCUUGUUCAUCUAUGCUCUUCAUCGAACUCAAAAAUGGCACGUUUUAUGGCUGCAUUGGCCUUGGUUUACAUGUUUGAUGGGAGAAUAGACUCAGCAGUGCCAGUGGGGCCUUCGCCUUCAUCACAGGGCAGUUCAAAGACUCUGAACAUAGAUGGGGUUGGAAGGAUGGCCUUGAAACAUGUCGAAGAGUUUGUGAGCUCAUUUUAUGAACCACAAACCUUUAAUGCUGCUGCUGCAACACUAGUCCCCACAGCUUUGGCACAGAUAGCAGAAGCCAUAAGAAUACCUGAAGCAGGGCAUCUAAGAUGCAGCGGAGCUGAGAUUGACAGAUAUGUGAGAAUGUUAAGAGAUCCUUCUUCCAUACUAAAGUCCUGUUCUGCAUUUGCUCUUUUACAGUUUACGAUGCCCGGGGGACGGCACGCAAUGCACCAUUCAUGCCUCCUUCAGAAAGCAGGAGCAGCUAGGGUCUUACGUGCUACUGCUGCUGCAUCAACAGCCCCUAUUCAAGCCAAAAUUUUCACCAAAAUUGUACUUCGGAACCUUGAGAACCACCAUGAAGUCUCAAGCUAGUUGUGAGGAAUGGAUACAUUAUACAAAUACUAUAGUUCUUUCUGAAUUCUACAAUCUUGUUCAGAGCUGAACCAGGUGGCUGGAGCAGGCUACAGGCCACCACAUCCCCCUCGGCUUUCCCCAGGGAUAACCGAUCUUUGGCGUUUGUAAUUGUAUCACCCUCCAUUACUUUGUGUAAGAAAACAAAAAGGAGGCCUGCAUGUUCAUGUAGAUCAUUAUACAGAUGUUAAUGAGGUCUAACACUACAGGAUAGGGAGGAUUCUUUCUCCCUUUAAUAACCUGAAAAAACCAAACGCAAAAAGGAGGGAGAACUGAACAAUAACACUAUCACAAUAGAAGAGUUCCAUCCUUUUUAAAA